AUGAGCGAAUCUACAACAAAAUCGACGAUUAAAAAGCGACAUUAUUGUUGCAUUUGCAGUAACUACGGGGGAAAAAUUGUGAAUGAACGUUGUGUAAAGUUGCACAGAUUUCCAACGGAAGAUAAUCUGAGAAAACUCUGGAUUAAGCGUCUGAAAUCUGUCAGUCCAAAUUUUGUGUCAAAUUUGAAAAACGAUCGACUUUGUUCUGCUCACUUCGCCAACGGAAAAUAUACAAAAGAAAACCCCGUACCUUGUGUGUUUAUCAUAAACAACAAGGAAAAGAUAUUUAAAUUAUCUAAGGUGGAAAGUUCAGAAUCGACAUUCACAUGUAGUGAUGAAGGCCAAGAUGUGGAGAAUGAAGAAGAGUAUGUUGGACCAGACUGUAUGUUAAUUACAAGCAGUGUAUCCGAGUUUGCUUCAAAAAAGUUCCAUGACUAUGCUGGAAAGAUUGAAUUUACUGUUCAAAAAAUGCUAAAUAAAGACAUACAGACCGACAUGGUAGGAGUGUCCUGUUCUACUCAGACAGAAGGGACUAGUUCAGUUUCAAUUUCAAAGUGUAGUGUUUCAACACAAACAGACUUUAUAACUCCAUAG